AUGCAGUUCAUCCCAAUCGUAUCACUCUUAUUACUCUCGUGGUAUUCGUCUGUAUCCGGCACAUGCUUCACCACCGGCCCGACUUGGGGAGAUGCCAACCAAAGAAAAAUCCUGGACGAUAACAUUGAGAACCUCUGCCGCCAAAUGACUGGAAAGUUCGCUGUUGGUGCCGCUGCAUCAAGAUGUUUAAAAGGUGGUGAAAAGCCGGGAAAUAGAUACGACUUCCUUUUCCGAAACGUUAAUAAGGAGGAACGGACGCUUACAAUGGAGACCUGUACCAGAUUGAUAAGGAAGGACAUUGCUACUUGUCCGAUGGGGGCAUAUAAUCAGGGUUCUAAUUGGUGGUACACCUCUGAUCCAAACGAAGGCGAGUGUCUCACCACAGGACCGUGA